AGUCCAUCAGUGGUCACAUGUGAGGGAUUCUCGACAUUGGUUUAGCCAGAGAUUAGAAUGAACUUUGUCUCAGUUCCUCUUUGAAGAAAAAGGAGAAUUUCUGUUUGUUAAGAAUCUGAUAUUAGAAUAUUGUCCGUUUGAAAUUUCACAUGGUUUAAAUUAAAACUAUCGGUACGUGUGUGUGCGCACGCGCUUCUGUAGACCAGUCGACCUGCGUUUUGGACUUGGAACAGGAAAGGAGUAGGACCGAAAGGAAAUUAUUGGAGUUAAUAAUCUGAGGCUUCUUCAGGGUGUAGCCAAAAUAAAAGGAAGUAGCCUUAAAUCUUCUGCAGAGGAAGCUGAUCAGCAUGUACGAGAGCGCUUCAGAUUUUACUGGAUCUGAACCAGCUGUUGGCAAUUCCGACGCCCACGACAGCAGGACGUCCAGACAGGGCACCGUUGUGGACCGGUUGUCGAAAUAUGGCAUUCAAGUCAUGCCCAGCACGUUCCAGCGUAGGUCGAGGCUGCAAAGGCAGCAAGAAGUCAGUGACUGCUCUGGACCGGGAGGACUCCAAAAGGAAGGUCCGGAGAAGGGGUCGCUCACACCCGUUAUGCGUAAAAAAUAUCUAAAGGAACUGCUCCUGAGCAAUUCAUCACACAGCGGAUUGAGCAGCGUGCUGUCCUCACAAACCUACAGCGCGUCAUUCCAGCAGGACACCGACUGGGCUUUGUACCCGAUGGAGCACGCAUGGAUGUUAGCGGCAGUUGAAGGAAACUACGAAACCACUCUGGAGUUUAUUACCCUUGAACCCCAUCUGUUAACCAGGAAGGAUUUUAUCAGCGGCUAUUCAGUUCUGCAUUGGCUGGCUAAGAAAGGACAGGACGAGACUCUACUCAAACUGUUGCAGUACGCACAAAGUGAGGGCAUCCCUGUGAAUGUUAACUUGCGGGGCAGCGGUGGUCUCACCCCGCUGCACGUCGCCAGCAUGCAAAGCCAGUACAUGGUUAUCAAGCUGCUGGUCGGAGCUUUUGGUGCCAACAUCGAUGUCAUGGACUACAACGGGAAGAGACCCUGGCAGUAUCUGAAGAGAGACGCCCCUCUGGAGAUGAAGGAGCUGUUGGGGACUUGGGAUGAUGAGCACAACUGCGGAUGUGCGCAAAAUUCCAACAAAAACGUCAAUAACAACUGCGCUGGCGCAGUAAACUUGACAGCUUGUGAUGAGGUCGAUGGUGGAAAGACAGAAAUUGUGAACAGUGACCAGAUUUCCAGGAGGAACAGUUGGAGAUUUGGGUCCAUUAGAAAGUGGCUACCUUCCUUCUCAUUUCUUGGAAGCAAAACCUGAUCAGUUGCUUUCCAUGUUUUAUUGUAUAUGCAUUAAUUGCAUUAAUUAUGAUUUAUGAACCGAUACCUGGUCACAGGGUUGUUCUAUACAUCUGAUUAAAAACCCUACUUAAAUUUAAAUAAACCUUUUUUGUACGUCAAGACUUUUCUUUUAGUAUUGGUAAUAACGUAUUUUUGCAUGUUGCAGCUUUUCCCUCCAG